AGUUCGAGAAGACAAAAUCCGUAAAUUCGAUGAGCUCCGUCGACCAGACCGAGACAUGAAUGGAGUGGCAUCUUGGACUGAGCAGUCAGGAGCCAGGUACAGAACAACACAAAAAAGCACUGUUUCGUAGCGCUUGCCGCAUGCAGCAGCCAUAGAGAGAGCGCUGUUCGUGCAAAUGAAUUCUUACACACUGGGGAGCCUUGGAGGGUGGCGAGGUCAGGGGUUGGGGUCAGUGGAGAUCAUGAUGGCGUGAGUUGGAGCGAGAAGCGGCAGACUACAAGCCUAGGAAACCGAGGAUUUUCCCGACUGUGCAUGUCCUGCGAUCCACGAUGCUUCACAUCUGGAGCGCCGCCUUCUGUCAAGCCUGGGCUCAGCGACGAGCAAUCGCUGCAUCUAGCCUUUGACUUAAAUUGCAGGCCCCCGUCGAAUGAACAUGACAGAGAAGGUGGUGCAGGGCUCGCACAGUGCAGUGUGUGUCCCCGAGCGCACCUUCUUUGGUCAGGAUCCUACGAGAGCGGCUUGCGCUAGUACGUUCUAUCUAUAUAGGCUGCAAAGUACGCUUCCACAAGCACCGCCGGGCCAGUGAUGAAAUUCGAGAUCCGUUCCACAUCAUCGAGCAUCAUAGAGUGUUCAGAUCGGUUACCCGCUCGAGAUCUGAUUUGGACCAGGUCUGGCUCGAUUCACUCCGGAGUUCGAGGUCGGGGGUCCGGGAAGAAGAUGACCUGCGAUGCGCACUGUCAGAAUUCUCUGCUGCUGCUUCCCUCUAGAAAAGAGGUGAGUGUACGGUGCCAUAUCUCCGUGGAGCGGCCUAUACUGGAAUUGGUGUUCUUUGAGACCGCGUCGACCGCCUUCAACAUGUUCAUCGAGGAUUGGCCCUGGGAGGAGACCUUCGCACUCGCCGACGCAGACGGAGCAGAUGAAGAAAGAAAUGACCCCUGUAAGUAUUCGCGAGACUUCUGCGCACUCGAGCAUUUGAUGCAAACUCAGCGCACGCAUGAUAUCAUAUGUCCGGUCUGCGAUUCCUGUAUCACCGAGGUCGUGAUUCUGCGAAAGAGGAAGAGGAGUCCAGCUCCUGCUGCGGAUGAAGGCAUGUUCCAGCACGUGAAAUUGCGCAAAGCCGACACCACUGACCUCAACGUUGACCUCGUCAUCAAAGGCCGGGCUUACCCAGGUUACCAAACGGAGGACCGAGGCUGUUUGGUGGGCUUGUGGUCUUUUCUCUUUCGAAAAAGUGACUGAUCGAUUGGCUUUUAGAGUAUCGCUCCGUCCCCAUCUCAACCAAUAGUGCGUGGAGAUCCAUCACUCGCGAAAUCAUUGCGUCACGAGGAAGAAGAUUUGGCAACGAUCAGGCAGGCCUCCAUGCCAAAGGGGGAGGCAUUGAUUUUGUACCAUUGCGUAUUGUGUAAAUACCAUCUGUAUUCUAAAAUCGGGCAGCAUGUUUCAUAGAGCUUUCUUUCUGUCCCGUUCAUCGUUCUCUCUGCGAGUCGCGAAGAACGACAUGUUCACGAUUGCCUUGCCCAUGUCAGGGCACCGCAGCUGAUCUGCCAUCUGCUUAUAAUGUUGUAUUAUUAUAGUUCCUGUGAAAGACGGUAUCCGUUUAAUGCAAUAAACACGGAGACAACUCCGG